UUCCUAGUACUACUACUGUUCACACACAUCUUCUGCAAACUAGAAGAUGGCCCUGCAACUGCAGGCACCCUCUACCAGAACUCAUCUAGCUUCACCAUCCCCAUUAGCUCCCAAAGGCAAUGCCGGUCUACGGCAACCUUCGGAUCGUUUUGCUCUAAGAUCCUCAUUCUUCUCUUCAUCAGUUAGCCUAUUGCUUCCUCCUAAGCAGCAGAAGCCCCUUGCUAAGGCUGCACCAAAGUUUUCCAUGAGAGUUGCCUCCAAGGAAGCUUAUAUUUGUCGCGAUUGCGGGUAUAUAUACAAUGAGAGAACUCCUUUUGCAAAGUUACCUGACAAUUACUACUGUCCUGUUUGUGGUGCUCCCAAAAGAAGGUUUAGGGUAUACCAGCCUCCAGUGACCAAAGACGCCAACAACAAAGAUGUUCGAAAGCAACGAAAAGCACAGUUGAAGAGAGACGAAGCGAUUGGGAAGGCACUACCUAUUGCUAUUGCAGUUGGAGUUGUGGCACUAGCUGGAUUAUACUUCUACCUGAACAACAGCAUUCAGGGGUAGAUAAUACCAUAGUUGCAGCUAUGUAUCUAAAUUGGACACGAUAUCUUGUAUAAUUUAAUUGUACUUGUAGAACAAUAUUUUGAUUCAAUUGAGUUCUUUCCACACUUGCAAUCCAAUGCACAAAAUUAAGCACUUGUUUUU